AUGGAAAAUUCCUCUGAGGAAAUAGUGUUCACACUAGAAGGACUAAACGAGACAACAAUGAACAAACAGAUCUACUUUGCCUUCACUCUUCUCUCUUACCUCUUUACUAUUUCUGUAAACUUGACUCUGACUUGACUCUCUGACUUGACUCUCUUGACUCUUGACUCUUUCAUGGAGAAGACGCUCCAUCAGCCCAUGUACAUCUUUGUGUGUAACUUGUGUAUAAAUGGAAUAUUCGGUGCAUCUACUUUUUAUCCAAAGCUGUUAACUGACUUUUUAUCUGACACGCAUGUUAUUUCACAUAAAGCAUGUAUGGGUCAAAUAUUUGUGAUCUACAGCUAUGUGUUCUGUGAAUUCACCACUUUAACAGUGAUGGCUUAUGACAGGUAUGUCGCAAUAUGCAAACCACUGAACUAUCACUCCAUCAUCACACCUCGGAAGGUGAUGAAAUUGCUGCUAAUUACCUGGCUGUUCUCUCUCAGUGAGUCAGUUAUAGGUACGGGCCUUGUAGCCAGACUGCCUCUCUGUGGAUUCAACAUCGAAAAGAUGUACUGUGCAAACUGGCCAGUGGUGAAGCUGUCAUGUGUGGACACAACUGUGAACAAUAUAUAUGGAUACAUUCUCAUAGUUUCCCAUGUUUCGCAAUCAUUUUUUAUUGUUGUUUCCUACAUCUAUAUCAUCAGGGCCUCUGUGCGAUCCCACAUAGAAAAGGGUAAGUUCUUGCAGACCUGCUUGCCCCAUUUAAUCACCGUGACCAGCUUCACCAUUUCAAUCGUUUUUGAUGUCCUGUACGCUCGCUACGGCUCCAGCAGCCGCCUGCAGGCUCUCCGUAAUUUCCUGGCUGUGGAGUACCUCAUCGUUCCACCGCUUCUCAACCCCCUGAUUUAUGGUAUGAAACUGAAUGAGAUCCGUAAAAGAAUCUUCAGAAUAUGCAACCACAAAGUUGAUGUUCUAAAAUGA